AUGGCGGCCCGGCGAAUCCCCGCUACCGUCGCCGCACUUGCCGCCGCAACUGCCGCUGGAUUCGCGUCCGCAGUCGUCGUUCUCGUCCUCUCGCGGCCGCUCCACUCGCUUCCCGCGAUCAUCCAUGCCUUCCUCCUCCGCAUCCUGCGCCGCAUCACACGCACCUUCCUCCCUGAUUGCUCUGGCUUCAGAUUACUCCAUAACACGCGAUCCGUCCUCUCGGCGCUUCCAGUCUCGCUGCUCCCCUCAUCGUCCAAUCAAAAUGCACCCCCCGCGCCUCACUGCCGCCACAAUAUGGACGGCUGCAAUUCUCUCCUCGUCGUCGCUCCUCUUGAUAUCGACGGCUUCAAAGCGCCCCCAGCAGCAGUUGCGACUUGCUGUGCGACUGGCCGUACGACCCCUACGACCGGCCGUGCGAUCCCUGCGACUCGCAUGGAGCCCACGUCGCAUACUCGCGACGGGCCAAGAGCUGCGAUCGGCCGGCAUAAGAGCCACGAAGCUUCGCGGAAGGGCCGCGACGGGCUGGUGGCGGCGAUCGGCAACACGCCGCUGAUCCGCAUCGCGAGUCUGUCCGCCGCGACUGGCUGCGAGAUCUACGGCAAGGCGGAGUUCGUCAACCCGGGCGGCAGCGUUAAAGACCGCGUGGCGCUACAGAUCGUGCAGGAGGCUCUCGAGUCUGGGCAGUUGAAACCUGGAGGGCUGAUAACGGAGGGCAGUGCGGGCAGCACAGGUGUCGCGCUCGCAUUGGUCGCCGCGGCGUUUGGGUGCCGCUGCUUCGUGGCGAUGCCGGACGAUGCUGCUGUGGAGAAGGCCGAGGCAAUGCGAGCUCUGGGUGCAGAGGUUAGCACGUGUGCGCCCGGUGGCCAUCACAUGAUCCACCCACCCCAAGCGCUUUGUGAACGUUGUGAAUGCUGCAAGACGGUGAGCCGAGGAGGCGACUCUUCUGAGUCGACCCACUCACCCCACCCGAGACUCAAGUCCGCGCUGCUCUCUCCCCCCUCGCUCCUGCUUGCCCCCCCAGGUGGCGCGUGUGCGCCCGGUGGCCAUCACCCACCCCAUGCACUUUGUCAACGUUGCACGGCGGAGAGUGGGUGGCGCGUGUGCGCCCUGUGUCCAUCACCCACCCCAUGCACUUUGUCAACGUUGCACGGCGGAGAGUGGGUGGCGCGUGUGCGCCCUGUGUCCAUCACCCACCCCAUGCACUUUGUCAACGUUGCACGGCGGAGAGUGGGUGGCGCGUGUGCGCCCUUUGAUGCCUUCGGCACUGGCCCGGAGAUCUGGAGGCAGACGGGCGGUGCAGUGGACGCGUUUGUGGCUGCUGCUGGCAGGCACUGGGGGUCCAUUGCUGGGGUGUCGUGGGGGUCCAUUGCUGGGGUGUCGUGGGGGUCCAUUGCUGGGGUGUCGUGGGGGUCCAUUGCUGGGGUGUCGUGGGGGUUCAUUGCUGGGGUGUCGUGGGGGUCCAUUGCUGGGGUGUCGUGGGGGUCCAUUGCUGGGGUGUCGUGGGGGUCCAUUGCUGGGGUGUCGUGGGGGUCCAUUGCUGGGGUGUCGUGUGGGUCCAUUGCUGGGGUGUCGUGGGGGUCCAUUGCUGGGGUGUCGUGUUAUUUGAAGGAGCGUAAUCCGGCCAUGAAUGUCUACUUGAUCGACCCACCAGUUUCAAGCUUGUUUCACAAGGUGACCCGGGGAGUGCUGCUCACCCGGCAGGAGGUGGAGGGGAGGCAGGCAGUCGCGCAAGCAACCCCUUCGACAUCCUCCUGGGUCAAGUCUUUUUCACAAGGUCACCCGGGGAGUGCUGUACGCUCGGCAGGAGGCGGAGGGGAAGAGGCUGCGCAACCCCACCUGUGGCACAACUUUCCUCCGUUCAACUCUUCCUUCUCUAUCCCACUGCAGGAGCAGAACCCGGGAGGGAAGACCUUUCUGAUAGACCCUCCCGGGUCGAGUCUCUUUCACAAGGUCACCCGCGGAGUGCUGUACACACGGCAGGAGGCGGAGGGGAAGCGCCUGCGCAACCCCUUCGAUACAAUCACAGAAGGCAUCGGCAUCAACCGGCUGACGGCUAACUUCAAUGCUGCGCGGAUCGAUGGAGCUUUCAGAGGGACGGAUAGAGAGGCCGUUGAGAUGGCUCGCUACCUCUUGCGCAGCGACGGGCUCUUCAUCAAGUCUUCCUCAGCCAUGAACUGUGUGGGCGCCUUGCGCGUGGCAGGCAGAGAAGGCCUCUCUGAAACACGCCCCCUGCGCCUCCCUCCGCGCCCCCUCCUUUGCCCUCAGCUACCUGCUUCGCACCGCGACGGGCUCUUCAUCGGGUCCUCCUCAGCCAUGAACUGUGUGGGCGCCGUGCGCGUGGCAGAGAACCUCGCUCUCUGCGACACCUCCUCCCUGUGUCCCCCUCUCCCCUGCGUGCCUCAGCUACCUGCUUCGCACAGCGACGGGCUCUGCUUCAUCGGCUCCUCCUCUGCCAUGAACAGUGUGGGUGCUGUGCGAGUGGCUGAAAAGCUCUCUCUCAGUCACACCUCCCUCCCCCUCACCCCCGCUCCCUGCCUUCCUCAGCUAUCUGCUGCGCAAUGA